AUGAAAAUGGCAAUCGUCUCGCCGAGCUGUUGUCCGUCGUCGGUGGACAUGGGAAUUGCCCAAUGGCACAUCGAGGAGGACCCAAACGUGGAUUACGAGAUGCUGCUCAGAGGAUUACGAGCCUAUGCUGAACGUGCCUCGAAGUCGCGCACGACAAACUUGGAUCGAGUUUCGAAGACCACCAAGGAAUUGUUAGGAAGAAGAAGGGCGUUGAGGCUUGAUUCGAAUGCAUUGCAUGUUGAGCGGAAGAAGAUUCUGGAAGCAGCACAAAGAAGAGUGAGUCUAAAGAAGUGCCGCAGGGAUCUCCGCCAAUAUAAUAUUCCGCUAGCAGCCUUGCUGAGCAAAGACGGGACUCGCACGUCUUCUCGUCGUGAGAUGGAAAUCAUUACGGAGAGGUUCUACUUGAACCUUUUCCGUUCAUCAACUCCUAUGUCAAGCCUGAUCAUCCCCACCGGUGAAGCUCCACCACGGGUUCUCUCUUCGGAAGUACGAGUCGCUAUCAAGAGCAUGAAACCUGGCACAGCCCCCGGACCUGAUUUUAUAUCAACAGACUUUCUUCGGGCUGGUGGCCAUCUUCAUGUAAUCUUAGCAGCGCACAUGACAUCCUACCUUCAGAAAGAAAGGAUCCCAGACCAGUGGAACACCUCGCGAACCGUUCUUAUCCAUAAGAAAGGUGACCGAGAGGAUCUUCGGAACUACCGUCCGAUAUGCUUGCUGAGCGUGUUAUACAAAGUAUUCACCAAGAUCAUCCCCACGCGCAUAGCUGGGACGCUGGAUGAAGCCCAUCCUCAAGAACAAGCUAGAUUCCGUCAGGUGUUCAGCUGCUUGGACCACAUCCAGACCGUGUCGAGGGUCAUUGAGGUUUGCCGGGAAUACCGCCUGCCCCUUGUUCUAACUUUCGACUAUGAGAAAGUCUUUGACAGCGUAGAAACGAAUGCAUUUCUGUCAGCGCUGGUCGGUCAAGGUGUGGACGCGUCAUAUGUGGAUAUUAGCCAAUUGCUACGAUCGAUGCACGACUAG